AUGGAGUCUCUCCUCCUUGAUCUAUCAACACUAAAAGUUGCUACAGAUGAUUUUGCUGAACAUAAAAUGCUUGGCGAGGGAGGUUUCGGUGUAGUUUACAAGGGAGACCUACCUGAAGGCCAAGAAAUAGCGGUAAAGAGGCUCUCACAGACUUCCCGACAAGGAAUAGAAGAGCUGAAAACCGAGCUGCUUUUGGUUGCCAAGCUGCACCACAAGAAUCUUGUCAGGCUAAUUGGUGUUUGCUUGGAGGAACAUGAGAAAAUACUUGUGUAUGAGUACAUGCCAAAUAGAAGUCUUGAUACAAUUUUGUUUGAUGCUGAGGAAUCCAAGAAGCUAGAUUGGGGGAAGAGAUCCAGGAUUAUAAAUGGAAUAAUUCGGGGCUUACAAUAUCUUCACGAAGAUUCACAACUGAAGAUAGUUCACCGGGACCUCAAAGCAAGCAAUAUCCUUUUAGACUCUGAUUAUAAUCCUAAGAUCUCUGACUUCGGCUUAGCAAAGAUAUUUGGAGGGGAUCGAUCACAAACUGUUACACAUCGCAUUCUGGAACAUAGUACGUAUGGUCUGCAUGGGUACAUGUCGCCCGAAUAUGCAAUGCGUGGUCAGUAUUCCAUCAAGUCAGAUGUAUUCAGCCUAGGUGUUCUAAUUUUGGAGAUCAUCACCGGAAGAAGAAGCCAUGGACCCCACGACUCGGAGCAUGAUACUGAUCUCAUAAACAUUACAUGGGAACACUGGACCAAGGAAAGAGCGGCGGAGUUGAUAGAUCCAACCUUGAGGAAUCAUUGUCCCACUGACCAGUUGCUGAAAUACAUUCACAUAGGCCUAUUGUGUGUCCAGCAAAAACCCGCAGACAGGCCGUUGAUGUCAGCGGUGAAUGUCAUGCUUAGCAGUAGCACUGUGAGUCUUCCUUCUCUGUCCAGGCCAGGUUUCGGCGCCCAGGAGAUUGGGGCUAGCUCCAUAUCGGAAGAAAAUCCUGCGAAAGCGUCGUCAAAUAAGAUGUCCAUCACAGAACUUGAGCCCAGAUGA